AUGCCCAGCAUCCAACUCUUGUUUGGGCCGAUGCUCAUCGGCACCUUUGUCAACAUGAUUCUCUAUGGAAUUUUGAUUGUUCAGACAUACCACUACUACCAGACGUUUAAGAAGGAUGCGCCGUGGAUUAAAUAUCUUGUUCUCUAUCUGUUCAUCGUGGAAACGGUCAACACGGCCUGCGACAUGGCGAUGAUGUACCAACCACUUAUCGAAAAAUUCGGUCAGCCCGAAGCUACGAAGGUUUUCCCUACUCUGUUCGCAGCUGAGCCUGCCGUCAUUGUUGCAGUUUCAACACCAAUCCAAUUCUUCUUCGCAUGGAGGAUUCGACUAUUAACAAAAUCGAACAUACUUGCACUCGUCAUUUGUUGCUUCUCGAUCGUUUCUUUGGCUGGAGGGAUAUGGACCACCGUGCUGAUCGCCCAAUUUAAACUAUUCUCUCGAAAGCCUGAGCUGCAUACUCCGGCGCUUGUUUGGUUCCUGUCAGCCUGCGUUGCGGAUGUAAUGAUCACGGUUGUCCUUGUCUUGAGCCUGUCGAGUCGAAGGACGGGCUUCGCUGCCACUGAUGACGCCAUUGGGAAGAUCAUUCGAAUGACCGUGCAAACUGGAAUGAUCACCGCAUUAUUCGCUAUUGGAGACGUAGUUUUCUUCAUGACUCUUCCGCACACGGCGUUGAACUUUUUAUGGGAUUUGGCGCUCUCCAAACUCUACGCAAACUGCCUCCUCUCCACUCUCAACGCCCGAGCCGGCCUCCAGGAACUGACUGGCUACCACUCGCAGCAGCGUAACGUCGUCUCCUCAGGUGCUAUCCGUCGCCAGCAACAAGACUCGAGCCUCGAAGCAGGAGUCGGAGCCCCAGUAAGCAUCGCAGGCAAUCGUAGCUCGAGGGAUGUAGACAGUGAAGCCUCCGUUAAGCACAUCCUUGGAUCGACGAUGUACGAGCUCGACACGCGCAAGUCGUUCGACCACCGUUCGGAUAUGGAGUAUGGGAUCCAGAUAACCAAGGUUGUUGAGACGCGUCAGGACCCAGAACCGGAAAUACGCGAAACGACGCAAUAG